AGAGGAUGAGACGGGCCAGCUGAUUGGUGUUCCCGGCAGCUGCGCCUGUGCUGAUUGGCCGAGAGGGCGUCGGCUCCUCGGGAUAGUUCUGACCGAGCCCCGCUAAAGACUCGGCUCCACGACUCGUCUCCUACUCAUUAUCUGCUCGCUCGCUCGUGAGACGAGUCUAGCUCCUGCUCUCGUGUUUUCGUGUGAGUGAAACGAGUGAUCAGAAACGGAUAAAAAGCAAAAAAAAUACGCGAUCGAAGCGUGAGUGAGUUGGCGACGCGGCGUGGAAAAUAGUCGUCGGAAAAGACUGUGUGGUACCUGCGUCCCCUCUCGGUUUUAGGCUCACGGGACGCACGCUCAGUUAGUGUAAACCUGACUCCCCUCGCGAGCGGACGUGAAUCGAUGGUGGUCUGUGACGUUUGGGUAAUCGCUUGAAUUAUGGUGUCGGAAAGCAAGUCCGGCAAUCAGCUGGAGGUGUGUCGGAGCGUUUAGUAGUAGGCAAUGUGCACCCGCGUGAGAGAUAUAGACCGGCGGCCUCCCCGUAGUGCCAUGAUGCGGAAUUCAGUGUUUUUGUCGUCGUUCGUGCUUCUGGUGGUGACCCUUGUGGGUGCCACGGACGGGGAGACGGCUAAGGAGUCGCGCUGUGAGGAAAUCACCAUCCCGAUGUGUCGCGACAUCGGCUACAACAACACGUCGAUGCCGAACCAGUUCAACCACGACUCGCAGGACGAGGCCGGCCUCGAGGUGCACCAGUUCUGGCCGCUGGUCGAGAUCAUGUGCUCGACCGACCUCAAGUUCUUCCUGUGCUCCGUGUACGCGCCCAUAUGUAUCGACGACUACGAGAAGCCUCUGCCGGCGUGCAGGAGCGUGUGCGAGCGGGCCAAGGCGGGCUGUGCUCCCAUCAUGCACCAGUACGGCUUUGCAUGGCCCGAAAGGAUGGAUUGCUCGAAGCUUCCAGAGUACGGAGACACCGUUCACCUGUGCAUGGACAAGCGCAACGGCUCGGCGCCCGAGGAGAAGCCGGCCAAGAACUACGGCAACCUGGAUAAGAAGUGCCGCGGAAAGAACUCCAAGUACUGCCCCAAGUGCCAGUGCUCGUGUCCCUUCGUGAACCUGGAUCCCUCCUACCGGCAGUACGGGCGGUAUCCUAACGAGUCGUUCAAGGUGGGCCGCGUGCCUGACUGCGCGCUCCCGUGCCAUGCCGUGUACUUCGACCAGGACGAGAGGACCUUCGCCCAGUACUGGAUCGCCAUCUGGGCCAUUCUGUGCUGCGUGUCCACCCUCACCACGAUCACCACCUUCCUGAUCGACAUGGACCGCUUCAAGUACCCCGAGCGGCCCAUCAUCUUCCUGAGCGGCUGCUACUUCAUGGUGUCCAUGGGCUACAUCAUUCGCAUGGUGGCCGGCCACGCCGAGGUCGCCUGCGACGGCAAGAUGAUCGUCUACAACUACCACCUGGUCCGCCACAACCCCUACGGCUCGGGCCUCUGCACCACCGUGUUCCUGCUGGUCUACUUCUUCGGGAUGGCGUCGAGCAUCUGGUGGGUGGUGCUGUCGUUCACGUGGUUCCUGGCGGCGGGGCUCAAGUGGGGCAACGAGGCCAUCGCCAGCUACUCCACCUGGUUCCACCUGGCGGCCUGGCUCAUCCCCACCAUCCAGAGCAUCGCCGUGCUGGUGAUGGCGGCCGUGGACGGCGACUCCGUGGCCGGUAUCUGCUACGUAGGCAACCAGGACAUCAACAACCUGCGAGGCUUCGUGCUGGCGCCACUCUUCAUCUACCUCGUGGUGGGCUCGGCCUUCCUGCUGGCCGGCUUCGUCAGCCUCUUCAGGAUCCGCAACGUGAUCAAGCAGCAGGGGCGCACCAAGACAGAGAAGCUGGAGAAGCUCAUGAUCCGCAUCGGCGUGUUCAGCGUGCUCUACACGGUGCCGGCGACCAUCGUCAUCGGCUGCUACUUCUACGAACAGCUGUACGUGGACGAGUGGCAGGACGGGCUGGUGUGCCCCUGCAGCCCGCACAAGGGGCGCAAGCCGGACUUCUCGGUGCUCAUGCUGCGCUACUUCAUGACGCUCGUCGUCGGCAUCACGGCCGGCUUCUGGAUCUGGUCCGGCAAGACGCUCGACUCCUGGAGCCGCUUCUACCACCGCCUGUGUCCGGGCCCGCACGGCCACACCUACGAGUACCCGACCCGGCCCAUCAAGCAGGCGGCCGCCCCUUCGUGCGCGUCCUUCCCGCCGCCCAUGAGCGCCCAGGGCACCGCCCACAGCGUGGCGUCUCACCUGGGCUCGGUGAACAAGACUCUGCCCUUGUCACACGUAUGACAGGAGGGGGAGGAGGGGGGUUAUCUGGCGGGUCCCCAGAGUGCCAUGGGGGGCUGCCCCUCGAGCGUGGUUGGUGGCGCGCCCUCCACGGUCCACAGUGUUACGACGCCGCACGUAUACGUCGACCCCGG